CCGUAGUUUACAUGCAUUUGUUUGCCAAAGGACGAAAGAUGACAGAAGUCAAGACUUCGAAAAACUGGCGUUCGGGCCUUAGUGUUGCUGAUUGUAACAGAUACAUGCUUGAAAACGAGAUCCAUUGUGACGUCUUAUUUAGAGUGGGAAAAGAAGAAAAGCUUGUACGCGCACAUAAGUAUGUUCUAGCGAGCAGAAGUCCCGUGUUUGACGCCAUGUUGUAUGGUGAUCUGGCGGAAGCUAACGAAAUUAAAAUUCCUGACAUUGAACCACCUUCGUUUGAUGUUCUUCUCAGGUUUGUGUAUUGUGGCGAAGUAGAGGUAAAUAAAGAAACUGCCAUCGGGGCGCUCUACGCUGCUGAGAAAUACGAUAUUAAGGCGUUGAAAAAAGCGACGAUAUCAUACUUAAAAAAGAACAUAACAACGGAGACUAUAAGUAAGGACACCUUAAUGGAAAUUUUAUCCUCAGACAACCUAGAUAUUGAGGAGUUGAAGGUUUAUCAUUUUCUAAUAAGUUGGGGUGAAGGUCAGUGUGAGGUCAAAGGUUAUGAGAAGUCGGAUGAAAAUAUCAGAAAUCAGAUAGGAGACGCAGUGUAUCGAGUCCGUUUUCAAUACAUGGAUCUAGAUACUUUUGUUAAAAACGUCUGCAAACGCAAUAUACUAACUUCGAAAGACAAAUUAAUAUUGCAGCAAGUGAUUGUUGGUAACCUGGAGAAAGAAAGCACCAAAUUCAAUCUCGGAAAGCGGAAACCUGCACUGAAGACCUAUAACGUUAUACGUAGAAGUAGCCCCCUUAAAGGUUCGUAUUCCGAUUAUAAAGGACGUCGUCAGGAUCGUCAGGCAUUCGUUCCAUGGGGAUUUCACAUGAAGAAGACUUCCUUUCCCUAA